AUGCCAGGGGAGAUCGUAGCAAAGGAAUCGAAAGAAGAGACUAUAGAUUCAACUCUCAACACAGAAAAUGAAAAAUUGAGCAAUAUUCUGGGACAAGAUCUAGAAAAUGUUGAAUCCAAAUCUGUGGAGAAAUGCGAUGAGCAGUCAGAAGUAGAAGGUGAGAGCAGCUCCUCAGAAGUUGGCACAAAUGUACCUCGAAGUAUCAGUUUGUCUACUACAGAGCCAGUCGGAUCUGAGAUUUCUUCAGGUAAAUCCGAUAUCCCUGAAGUGGGGCAGGCUGUUGACAUUAUGGAUCUUCCAGUUGACCCACAACACCCGAACACCCUUAAUGAUGUCACUGAAGAAGUCACAGAACCAACUGGUAAAGACGAAACUAAAAUAGACACUGAAAGCAAAGUAGAUCAUAAAGUGCAGAUUGAUAAUGUAGACGCUCACACAGAAAGUCCUGAAGAUUCCAAAGCUGUCGUUGAGGCUGAAAAGGAUACGAAGGAGAUUCUUCCCAUCCUCCAAAACCCACCAUCUACCUCAGAAAGACUUGAUGCAUUCUCGGACGAUGAGAUUCAAAUAGACGAGAACCUCUCUUCUGACUCAUCUGAUUCAGAUGCAGAUUCAGGCUCAUCCUCAUCCUCAGAUUCAGAUUCAGAUUCGGAUUCCGAUUCAGACUCUAAUACAGCCUCCGACAUUGAAGCUACGCAAGGAGAUGACGAUGUUAACGACGAAGACGAAGAAACUUCUACUGGCCCUAUAAAGUCUAAAAACGAAGUUGCGGACGAAGCCGCUCCUGCGUUACCUCAAGAUUAUAAGAUUCCGGAGAAAGCACCACUUCAACUAAUUGGGGAAGUUUCAGGCUUAGUUGAAAGAAGUGUAAUCAUCAAGGCCAACACAUCAGGAGAGUUCCGUGUUUUGAAAGAUAAUUCAAUUCUUUGCUUUAAAGAUAGAACUUUACUUGGUCCAUUAUUUGAAACAUUUGGUAGAUUACAGUCCCCAGUUUAUAGAGUUAAAUUCAAUACCGAGGAGGAGUUCAAUAAGUUCAGCGACAGAAAGGGUGCAGAGGUUUACUAUGUUGUACCUGAUUCCCAGUUUUUAUACACCGACACCAUCAAAUCAUUGAAGGGUACCGAUGCAAGUAAUUGCCAUGAUGAAGAAUUGCCUGAAGAGGAGCAAGAGUUUUCAGACGACGAAAGAGAGUUAGCUGCUAAGCAAUUGAAGAACAAGAAGAGGAAAUCUAAGGGAAAGGAAAAUGGUACCAGUGAUGAAGCAAAGGACCAAACCUCAACCAAAUCUAGGAAAAGACAUCAUGGAAACAACAGUAACAACAAUAGCAACACCAAUAACAAUAAUAGCUUAAGCAAUAAUGGUAGCGAUAAAAGUACUAGUCAAAAUGCCAAUUCUGAUGGACCAGAUGUGUAUCAGCCGUAUGGUUACAAUGAUCCUCCUCCAAGGCCAAAUCAACCUCCUAGUACAUUGCCAAACACGGUACCCUCUUAUCCAAAUAUUCCACAAAAUCCUCUGCUAGUUCACCAGCAAAUGUUACAAUUCCAACAACAACAGCAAACAUAUUCGCAGAAUACAAAUCAGCACAGUCAGUACAAUCAAUACAAUCAGUACAAUCCAGCUCAGACGCAAACUUAUCCGCAACAUCAAGGGUAUCAACAGCCAUACCAGCAGCCAUAUCAACAACAGCAACCUUACCAGCAACAAAUGGCAAAUCCAUAUUUUCCACAAGGUCAACCAACGUAUCAACAAUUUCCACAACAACAACAACAACAUCAACAAUGGAACCAACCUCAAAACGAACAGGCGUCACAAGUCAACCACCAACAAUGGAACGACCAUCAGACCCAACAACCUGCACAACAAUCUCAACUACAACAGUUGCAACAAUUACUUGCUAACCAAUUACAACAACAACAGCAACAACAACAGCAGCAACAACAAAACCCAUACGGUUACCCACCUCCGCGCCAAUAG